CGUAGUGUGGUUGCGCUGUGAUUGGAAGCAGGGAAGCGUCGAGCAGCGAGCGUCCUGUCUGCUUCUCACUGGUGAAGGACUACCUUUCGGCUCUGCCUCUCGCGGGGCUGCUGUACAAAGAUGGCGGGCGAACUGGUGGAAGCGAUGAACAUGGUGAAGAGUUUCCGGGUGUCUGACCUGCAGACGCUGCUGGCCUCCAUGGGCCGCAGUAAGAGUGGUCUAAAGCAUGAUCUGGUGGGACGGGCGCUGAGGCUGGUGCAGACAGAGUACAGCCCAGAGCUGCUGAAGAACGUGCGGCAGCUGUACGAGUCACGCUUCCCCAAGGCGUCGGGUUGGCUGGCUGCUCGGCGCCCGGAGGGGGUUCCGGUGGCCUACUCCUCCCUCAGCUCGUCCCCCACAGGCACUCAGGGCGCAGACUACCUCAAUGGCAUCCCCAAGCUGUCCUCCACACCUGCGGCUGAGGUCAAGCUGGUGUCGCUGCCCUUCUACCAAACUCUGGAGACGCUGUUGCCGCCAACAGAGCUAAUUGCCCAGAACAGUGAGAAACUGCAGGACAGUCAAUGCAUAUUUGAAUUAACACAGAGCCAAGCGGACCAAGUCAGAAACUCAACUGAGCUUCGACCAGGAAUGAAGGCAAUCCAGGUGGUUCUUAGAAUCUGUUAUACAGACUCAAUCGGUGUCCAGGAAGAUCAGUACCCUCCCAAUAUUGCUGUCAAAGUCAACCAGUCCUACUGUCAUGUACCAGGUUACUACCCUUCUAAUAAGCCAGGUGUGGAACCGCGUCGUCCCUGUCGCCCAGUCAACAUCACACCCUGGUUACACCUCUCCACUGCCACCAACCGGGCCACUGUCACGUGGGGCAACUUCGGCAAGCGCUACUCGGUGGCAGUGUAUUUAGUGCGGGUCUUCACAUCAGCAGAGCUCUUCAGCCAACUUAAACACUGCUCAGUGGAGAGUGCAGAACGCUGUCGUGAACGCAUCCAGGACAAGCUACGCUUUGAUCCAGAGAACGAGAUCGCCACCACAGGGCUACGGGUGUCCCUCAUCUGUCCUCUAGUGAAGAUGCGGAUAGGAGUGCCGUGUCGGGUGCUCACCUGUGCCCACUUGCAGUGUUUCGAUGCCACCUACUUCCUGCAAAUGAAUGAGAAGAAGCCCACGUGGACCUGCCCUGUGUGUGACAAACAGGCUCCCUUUGAGCUGCUCACCAUCGAUGGGCUGGCAUCUGAGAUCUUAAAGGAGACCCAUGAGGAUAUUGAGGAGAUUGAAUAUCUGACUGACGGUUCAUGGAGACCUAUUCGAGAUGAGAAGGAGAGGGAGAGGGAACGGAGCAACACUCCUGACUAUCCUGUAGUGGAUAUAUGUGUUCCUGAGGCGAACGGCCACUCCCCAGCCCACAGCAGCACCAGCCAGACAGGGAAGUCAGGAGCAGGGUCCACGGCGGGGGGAACGGGCGGAGGAGUGGUGGUAGAUCUGACUCUGGACUCUGAGGAGGAGGAGGAGGGGGGAGGGGCUAGAGGAGACAGCGAUGACACUGAGGACAGCCAGGACAGCCCCGCCCCCAAGAGGGGCCGAUACGACUAUGACAAGGACCUGGUCACUGCCUACUGACUGGCGGACUGACCCCACAAACUGAGAGAGAGGGUUGGGCUUGAUUGGAGGACAGGAAAUCAUUAGUCCCUACUGCAUCCCCUGCCCGCCCGCCUGCCCCCACUUCUCUGGCGUUUAUCCACACACAGACACACUCUCAUACAUGCACUGUCAACCUCUGGAGUGGUUAGGCUUCAUCUAUACACCACUGGAAACAACAGCUCCCUAACACUUGUGGCUCACCCCUCCCAGCAUUCUGUAUCCUCCCUCCUUAGAGACAAUUUAAGAUGGUAACCUCCUCUCAAACUAUUCCCCCUCCAUCUCCUUGUACUUUGUAUUUGACUUGAAUUUAAGGCUCUCAAAGCCACAAGCAUUUGGUGUUUCUCCACUUUUUGUGAUCACAGGCAAUGGGAGAUAUGGAGCAUCAUCGUUGUUCAGUAGUAAGAGGUCAAGAUAACCUAUAUGAAGAAUUUGUGACUCGAGCCACAGACUAGAUUUUUCUGGAAUAUGAUGAAAUUGAACACCCCAACUUUCUGUUUAAUUCAUUCAGACAAUGAAGACAAAGAAAAUGGGCUCUAACAGUAUUUCAAAUUGUUUAAGUCAGAAAAUCCCUAAAAAUGAUUUGUUUGAUACUUCCCCCAUUUAAUUUUGUCCUUAGAUGAUGACAACCUACCUCAGUCGUACAUAGCAAACUUGCUUGACCAGAGAGAGUAGCACCUGAACUAUGGUUGCUAUAGUAUUUUGACAAGAGGGUCUACUAUUUUUUUUUUUCUUCACUCGCAUCACUUAAAAAAAUAAAGAAACCCAUUAAACAUUUUAUACAACUUGUAUGGCCCAAAUAGGGAAUAGGUUAUGGGAAGCAGGGUCAUGUUCAUUAGGGCACAAUAGUAACAUGUUAUUUUUUUGUAAUGGAAAGAGUACUUCCCUGUUUCACUCCAUUUGAGUGUUUUUGUUUUGUGCUGAAUAUGACCCAGGAAUGCUGUAUCUUUGAGAAGUUCUUGUAAGUACUCCCCACUGCAUUGAAAUAUACGAUUUCAGUUGGUGUCUGAAUAGCUACACAGUAUGACAAGCAAUUGUCAUAGUGGCGGGUAAGCAGAGACCAGCGGUUAUCAUUUGAGGUUUUGGAACAUAAUCUUUUCAGAUUCUGCCCAAUGUUCUGUGUUGCCAGUGUUGUUCAUAUUGAUCAAGGAAACUAAUACAGCAUGGAUUAUUUUCACCUGCCCAUUUGUCAGUUUAACAGUUGGAUAGUCUGAGACUAAACACUACUGCAUUCAACCUUCUUCCCCCUAAAUCAUGAGAGCUUCAGUGUUUUCAACCAGAUUUGUUUUUCUUUCAGUUUCUUAAAUUUGUUGAUAUUUUUUUUUAUUGAACAAGGCACUUGACUAAAGAAUGUCACAUUUUAGUAUCCACACAAAACUGGUCAAACCCAUGUUGAGGCAAUUGUGCCAAAGCAGAUUUGUGUCAAUUAUCUCUUGUUGCAAGGUCAGAUUUGGGUGCCUUUUUUUGUUUUGAGUUUAGAUUGGUGGAGGCUGGAGCCUACAGUUGUUUGGCUAUUUGACCUGGUCUACACAGGAAGUCCCAGUAAGAAAAUACAUUAUUUAAGACUAUUUGUCAUUAUUUACUGUUUUUUUGUUGUUUUUUACAGUGUGGGGGACUUAAGGAGGGAUGUAUCUCGAUGUGGAAUGGUAUCAAUUUGUGAGUGUCGACAUCCUUUUGACUUAAAUUGUAUUUGUCUAAAGUAUAGUAUUUAUUGAUAAUUGAUUGCGUCACAACUUUGUUUUAUUUGAAAGGCAGUUUGUAUUAAAUUGUACAUAUGUGGCAAUCAAGAGUGCUGUACCAGAGCCAUUUAUAUAUGGCUUUGUACUGUACACAAGUUCCCAGUAAGGGGUAGCAGAACACUUACGAAGCUGGAACUUUUUUUGUGAAUGAAUACGUGGCAAACUGAAUGAUCCAGGCUCAAGGCACUGCCAUCGUUAGACAUGUCCCUUUCCAUCUGAGUAAACUGAGUUCUAACCAAUAACACAUUCUGCCUCUUCCCAGUUCAACGUUAUUACACUCAAAUUAGCCUUUAUUAUUGCAUAGGCCCUAGAUGAAUGUCCUCUCUACAGGUAGUUUGAACGAUACAUCAGUAAUUACUGCUUCAGAUUAGCUUUUUCCACAGGCACAGUUCAAAUUGUAGUAAACAUUGUUCAUCUUUUUGGUUACAACGGUUGCUGAGACUUACAAACUUUUAAUAUUUUCGUUCCUGGUCAUUAGAUUCCUCACCCCAGCGAUAGUCCCCGUUUUAAUUUGUGCUGUUUAUGGCGUUAGUCUACUUUCAGGAUUUUAUAGAACAGUCUGUUGUAAAUUCCUAGAAUCUCUCAAAUGGUAUUGGUAAUACAUGCAUUUGACUAUAGCAUAAGCAUAUUGACAUUUUGUGAUCAUCCUGAAUUCAGACUUGCAUAGACACUCAGUACUGUAUGAGUAAGCCAUUUUGUGGAAGAUGUAGUAGUAUACCUAAUCUAAUAAUGAGAUGGUAUUGACUGAGGAAACGUAUGGGAUCUUGUCUUCCACUUUUCUGCAGUACUCAUUUCCAUAUAUUUCUAGCUUGCGGAUGUUAUACCGAUAGGUGAGUUCUGAAACAAUUAUAGGUAACCCGCAUUGUUUGAUGGCACUUUCUGUCAAAGAACCCCAAACCGUAGCGGUGUCCCUGAAUAUGACCAUAGUUGUAUGAUUCAUGCAUUUUAAGCAACAUCUUAUUAUGUCUAGCAGAAUUUCAUCUUCAACUAAGCCAAUCUAUCCAACAAAUUACUCUACAGAUUUGAAUCGAGUUGUUUUAAUUUAUAAGUGUAGAACAUCACUGCGCAGAUAAUAGUUUUCCUCAAGCUUUUUCAUAUUGUGAGACAGAGGUGAAGUACAGGUUGUUUCUGAGGAACUGAGCCAGAUGGUGAAACCUGGGUUAGGGUCCAGACUGGGUUUUAAGCAAAUGGUGGAUCAGGUCUUGAUGGUGGCAUUCCUUAUUAUAACAAUGCUUAAGGUAGCAUGGGCAGGGCUUGCAAGCCAUUAUGUAAAUGUUUUGUUUGUCUUUUAUAUCUUCGUAUUAAAAGACAAUACAAUUAAAAUAUUUUAUUAAGCUUCGAAUUGCCUUCAGUUGUUACAAAAGUCAGACACAAUAAAAUCACAAAUACCAGUAUUGGAACUGAUGCCACUUUAGGGUUAAGAGGUGGUUGGGUCGUCACUAGUUACCACAGCCACAAAGUCAUGUAUGGCUAAUUAUCGCCUAUUUCUACAAUUUAACUUAUUAAAAUCUGACUUUAACCUUAUGCCUAACCUUAAGACCAAAAAGCAAAUGUUUGUUUUCAUGAGUUUUUACUGUAUAGCCAUUUGACUUUGGCUGUGGUAACUAGCGACAACCAGAUGGUUGAGGUGUAGAUUGGUGUGACAUCCUUUACCUGUUGCUGGGGCCUCAGGGACACAUUUGUCUCCUUUUCAAAAAGAACUGUAAAAAUCAAAAUCAUAUUCUAACACCUGUUAUUGACUUGUGGAACUAAUUAAACCUUUUUUUUAUCGAAUUGUUUGCUAAGUCAUGUUAGCUUGAAAAGUAACAAGUUCCUUCUGGAAAAAUAAAGUUAUUCAAAACAGAAA